AUGGUGAAGGAGAGAGAAGAAAAACUUAGGGAUUUUAAUGGUGGAGUCGUUUUGCCCUUGAGCACGGAUGAAAUUGUGCAAAUUUAUGAGAUUGUUUUGUCUGAGCUCACAGCAACAGUGGAGCUCAAGGGCUGUUGUUGGUUGUGUUCUUUGCUUUCUUGUCCGCCGCUGCCAAACUCAAAGUCCUCCAUUUUUGGCGAUCACCUCUACCUCGAAGCUCGUGUAUUAUCUUUACAGAGAGGGCUUAGUGUAUUUUGUACUCUUCACGCAGUAAAAAAAAUGGCAUCUCGACCAGAGCUCCAAGCGCCGCCGGAGAUAUUCUACAACGACGAUGAAGCUCGUAAAUAUACAUCAUCUUCUCGAAUUAUAGAUAUUCAGGCCAAACUUUCUGAGAGAGCGUUGGAGCUUUUGGCUUUGCCGGAGGAUGGAAUGCCCAGAUUACUGCUUGAUAUUGGUUGUGGAUCAGGACUUAGUGGGGAGACACUAACUGAAAAUGGGCACCACUGGAUUGGUUUGGAUAUAUCCCCAUCAAUGCUAGAUAUUGCAUUGGAGCGUGAAGCUGAGGGUGACCUUAUACUUGGUGACAUGGGUCAGGGCUUAGGGCUUCGUCCUGGAGUUCUUGAUGGAGCAAUAAGUAUUUCAGCUGUUCAGUGGUUGUGCAAUGCGGACAAGUCAUCCCAUGAGCCUCGUCUGAGAUUGAAGGCCUUCUUUGGGUCAUUGUACAGAUGCUUGGCACGGGGAGCAAGGGCAGUGUUACAGGUAUACCCUGAAAAUUUAGCUCAACGUGAGCUUAUACUUGGUUUUGCCAUGCGAGCUGGGUUUUCAGGGGGCGUAGUUGUGGAUUAUCCUCAUAGGUACGUCAUAUGAUAUCCCUUCACCCCUAAG